AUGAAGCUGCAGAUCUCAUGGCUGCUCUUAACUUGGCUGGGUGCAGCCAAGGGCGCUACUAAUCAAAGCGCUGCCCAUUGGCAUGACUACAGCUAUAAACAUUUAAAUCAAACAGAGCCGCUGAACCAGCAGCAGCAGCCUGAUCUUGCCCAAUUGUCGGAGCUGCAGCAAUUUGAGCAUGAGCCGCAUUUAACACGCAGCUCCGUUAUCUUUGGACUAACCAAAGUGGCUAACAAGAGCAAUUUGUCAAUUAACAGCAAACUUACCUUUCAAAUUUCAGUGCUGGAUGCAUCGGGUACCAAACCCUCAGGCUUUGUUUAUGGCCAAAACUAUUGGCUGGGCAGCCAGGAGGCUUGCCAGGGCGUGCAGCGUCCGGUGGGCAUAACGCUAUCGAAGAACUUUGAGCGUGUAAUGCAUCAUGGGCUAAUAACACAGCAGGCGCCGUUCGAUAUGGACUACAAGGUGAUCUAUUUGCGUCACAACUCGCCCUGGCAGGUGGAGAUUAAGCUGAUGUCCGAGCAGAUUAUACACAUAGGACUGUGCCUGCCCAGCGCCUGCAGCAGCGGCGAGGUGAAGCAGCUGGCGCGCGAGUAUGUGGCACGUGGCAUGUUUGUGGAGAACGACAUCUACGACAUACGGCCGGAGCUGCUUUAUCUGAAGGAUUUGCAGCUGCGCGAUGCUUUCUAUCAACGCACCAGCUUUCGACUGCUGGUGAGCGCGCUGCUGGCCACUGGCGCGCUGAUGCUCUGCGCGGGGCAAUUGCUGAGCGCCAAGCAGCCAACGGAGCAGCCUGCUGGGCUGGCGCCUGCUGAGUCGGAGCUUUGGCGUGUGCUGCAUUCGCUGCUGCAGUGGCAGCGACUGCGCUCAUUUGUUAGCUGCUACGAUGUGCCCAGCAACUGGUCCAAGAUCUUUGCCAUGCGCGCGCACAGCUCGAAUGAGAUUCCAGUAAUGAAUGGUCUGCGUUCCGUUUGCGCCAUUUGGAUUAUGAUAUUCCAUGUGGUUUGGUUCAUGUACUUUACAGUGCACAACAAAACUGUGCUCAUAUCCUAUGCGGAGCAGGCAUUCUUUCAAUAUGUUUCCUCAGCGCCGCUGCUGGUCGAUGUGUUCUUUACCAUCAGUGGCUUUUUGCAAACUUACAACUUUCUGCGCAAUGUCGCGCAACUGGAGGCAGUGCGUCGCCAGAGCUGGCCACAAAAUCUGCGUCUGUUUGGCAAGCAGCUGUUCCAUCGCUAUUUGCGCCUGGGUCCGCUCUACCUGAUUGUUAUGGCUUCAGUGGAUUUGGCCUAUGCCUACAUAGGCGACACUUCGGUGUAUCACAUCAAUGAGCGCUUCGAUGAAAUGUGCAGUCGCCACUGGUGGCGCAAUCUGCUCUUCAUACAGAAUCUGUUCGAUCAUCGUGACAUGUGCGCCAACUGGUCCUGGUCCUUGGCCUGUGAAAUGCAGUUCUUCAUACUAGCGCAUCUGCUGCUCUUUUUGUACGCCAAACAUCCCAAACUUACCAAGUGCUUGGUUGCCUGCAGCUUGGCCAGCACCAUUGCUUGGUCCUAUGGCAUUGGUUUGACCAUCAAAUUUCAAUUAUCCUUCGAUGCUGCUUUUGCCACAGGCACUGAGAUUUACACUUCGCCCUUUGUGCGCAUCUUGCCUUAUAUACUGGGCGCCAUUACUGCCUGGUCUCUGCUGGAGCGGCGGCUGCAGCUGCAGCUGAGCGAGCUGCGUGAACGUCUCUGCUGGCACUUUGCGCUGCUCGUCUUCUUCGCCUGCAUUUACUCCACAAUAUGGCGCGACUUGAGCUCCUUGCUGGCCAUAUCACUGUUCGUGCUGGGCCGCUUGUUCUUUUCGCUAAGCGUUUGCUGGAUGAUUGCUGGCAGCGCCUUGGGGCGUGGCGUCUGGUGGUCACGCCUGCUCGAAGCCAAGGGCUUUCAGCAUCUUAGUCGACUCUCCUACGCCAUUUAUCUGCUCAAUCCUUUGAUCAUAGCACUGUUCUACGGCCUCACCAGCUCCAGCACGCACGCCGAUCCUUUCAUGCUGUGCGUUGUUACCUGCGGCUUUGCUGUCAUUGUCUAUUUGGCCGCCAUAGUCUACUCGCUGGCAUUUGAGCUGCCCUAUAGCAAUUUGUCCAGCUUGCUGCUCAGGCGCAAGACGAAAAACGCCUAA